AUGAAGAAGGCCAACCCAUCCAUCCCCAUCAUGAUCCGCGAAGCCAGCAACACCCAGCCCACCGUAUAUGCCCGAUUCGACUUCGGAAAGGAGCGGAAGCUGUCACUGAAGGGCCUGGACGACAAGGCCAUCGAACAACAAGUCACAGAGCUGGUACAGAAGGGCGCAUGA